AGUGAAAACAAACAACAGUCAUCAGGCAGCCAAACUUUCAUGGUGGGGUUGAACUGUAACAGCCUUUAAUGGAGCACAGUGAGUAUCGUCUUCCGGAGAAGAGACGCAGGAGACGCUGUAUUAUUUUAAGUGUCGUCUCUCUCCUGCUCCUGCUUAUUAUCGUCGCCGUUGUGUUGGGACUCAGUCUGCGGCAGAAUACAUACAAACUAAAGCCCACAUUCAUUGCAAGGUGUCAGGAGUUCAAAGGGUACGACUGUGAAAAGAUGUGGGAUGUAUUUGAGCAAGCCUAUGUAGGCCGGGACCCUUGUGAUGUUCCCAUGGAAGCCUAUGACCCUUUCAUUGCUGCCGCCCCCUUGAAACCUGCCUGCAACAGAAUGAUGUUCUGGAGUAAAACCAAGGACCUUGUCCAUGACUUCACGGAGAAGAGGGAUUGUUACGUCACCGUGGAGGACUCUCUGCUGGGGUCUGUGCUGGAUGGUCUCACCUGGUGUGGAAAGGAGGGCAGCAGGGAAACAUUCACUACCGGCUGCCCAGGGUGGACAGACUGUGUGAACAACACUGUUCGCUCAUUUUGGAACAGAGUCUCAACUGCUUUUGCAGAUGCUGCCUGUGGUGAUGUCACAGCAAUGCUAAACGGAUCCAUCGUCACACCAUUUCAUCCUGCAAGUAUUUUUGCGAGCAUCGAGGUGAAGAGGUUCAACUACCCCAGGGUGAAAAGCCUGAAUGUUGUUCUGGUCACACAGAACAAAACUGUGACAAACUGCACUAACGCAUCUUUAAAGGAUUUACAGAAAGAGCUGGAUCAAGGGACAACAUAUAACUGCGAGGAAGUGACUGAAACCCAGAUCCAGGACUGCAGCUCCCAUCCAGAGAAACCCUGUGGAGCCUGUUGGUGAUGACCUGUGAACUCAAUAUCAGAAUAUACUGUGUAAACAAAACAAUAACCUACUGUAAAAAUAAUAUUUUUUUCUAGAAUAUAUUGUGUAAAGUCUUUGUAAAUGGAAUAAUGUGCUAUUAUACACAAAAUAUAAUUAUGUUUCUACCUAUGUGCCAGUGUGACUAAAUGUGAAAGGUGUAUUUUUAUGUGAAUGUCAAUGACAUGUUUAACAAUGACAAUGUCGUUUUUUUUUUAAAUCUUUUUUUAAAUCUGGUGCUAGCUAAUACGACUGACAGUCUUGCUCCCACCUGUAAGAAAUGUUUUUAAAUAAAAAAAUAUAUAUAU